AUGGAGUCUGCCAAUGGAGAAGGGCCUGACGGCUCUUCACUAAAGCCUGUGUCGUCCUUACGAGCGCGGUUCGAAAACAUAGGAACCUCGCCCAAUUCAAACGUCAGCAAACCUGUCGAUGUUUCACCCCCUACUGUUCCUACUGCCACCAAGCCACCCUCACGACCUAUAUCUCCAGCUCCCAAACCGAACCGACUUCGCGAUUUCAAGCCAGGGCAAGAACUUCCACCACCAAGUCCUUCAGUUCCAACUGUGCCUGCGAGACCAAAGCCCAAACCCGCGGCGCUGUCUGUCAACCAAGAUGCCCCUCCCCCACCGACAACCGCACGACCACUCCCGACCCCGAAACCACAACUAUCUCAGCUGCAACAAACACCAGCAUCGGCAUCGCUUCCUGCUGUGACAGUUCUUCCUCCCCAGUCCCCUCCAAAAAAUCGAAUCUCAGCACUGGCCGUUGGAGAUCAACCCCCGUUCGUGAACCCAGAUGCUGUCGCAACGCCCUCGACUCCGACUGGCGGAGGUCGAUCAUUUAAGAUACCAAGUCGAUCACUGAAUACUUCGCCAUCUGCCAGUGCUUCUAGAUCUCCACGACCUGGCGGCUCGCGACCGCCGUCACCGCCUCCGCCCAGACGCUCUGGGGAGCUGAGCCGACCUCGUGAACCGAAAGUUGCUCCUCCACCACCGGCGCCUCGCAAUGAAAAGGCACUGAUUCCCGCACCCAAGCUUGGGGCAAUAUCUGCGGCAGCAGUGACUCACAAAAGCAGUAUCUCACUAGAAAAUUCACCGUUUAACAGCCCUCCAAGCAGCUUGGGAUCAGGAGGGGAGACUCCCCCAAGACUACCAACAAGACCAAGGCCACAGUCACAUAUUGAGCAAUCCAGCAGACCGAGGUCCGUGGUUGUUGGAUUUGAUCCCCCGCCUGUUCAUCCUUCUGUCACGACUAUGAGGAAAGAUCGUGAAGAGGCCAAUGGACUGUCGAGAGGUCACAUCACUCCUCAGAUAACCGGCGAGCCUCGACCAGCACUUCCUGCUAGACCUGGGAACUUUGAUAUCCCACCUAGGCCCCCUCCUCUAAACAAUAACAAUAACAGCAUGCCACCUCCCCCACGACCACAUAGACCAGCUGUGACGACCGCAAUUAAGGCUGUUGACCCUCCACCUACCGCUACACCACCAAAACGAGUCGUUUCGACCCCUACGACACAACAACCUCAACAGCAGCUAGCAGCUCCUACACGAACCCACGGCAGGUCUAUGACGAUAGAUAGAGCAUCUGACCGAACACCUGCCGAAUUUCGGAUUGCCCCGACAGCCAUCGCCACACCCGCAAUUGCCGCCACGGGACCACCGAAGUCAAUUCAGUCCACUCCAGUCGUUGCCGCAAGAAUUACACCAAAAACCGAGGCUAUUCACCAUGUUACCACAUAUCCAGAGGCCGCAAACACCAAUCGUCGACCACCAUUCAGCAAGCAUGGAACUUAUGAGAUUUCCACCAAGUAUGAUGCGCGGAGCUUUGACGUUUGCGGCGAAUGGAUCUGUGCCAGCGGUUACAUGACAAGAGUUUGGAGUCUGAUAGAUGGUGAGCAAUGCAUGAGCUUGCAACAUACUGAAGGAGUCAAGGCGACAGCGGUAAGUUUCAAGCCUGCUGCUGAUCCGCGGGAGGAGGGUAAGAGGAUAUGGAUUGGUACCAAUACCGGAGAUCUCAUGGAAGUCGAAGUCGCGACUCAUGGCAUAACGCAGAGCAGACCGAAUGUCCAUGGUCGGUACGAGGUAAUAAAGAUAUGCCGACAUUGGAACGAAAUCUGGACGUUGGACGAAUCAGGAGCACUUCUUGUGUGGGGGCCUGAUGAGACGGCCGUUGCGAAUAUAUCAGGAAACCCGACUCAGAGUUACAGGGUCCCAAAGGGACACACUCAUUCCAUGGUUAUUGGAGACCAAUUUUGGCAUGCGACGGGCAAGGAAAUCCGCGUCUUUGCACCAACAGUCGAUGGACGAACCCAGUUCCAGGUGCUUGUUCGUCCAUUGAUCGCAGACAAUGCUGGUGAAGUCACUUCUGGUACUCUUGUCAAGUCACACCCAGACAUGGCUUUCUUUGGCCAUGUUGACGGUAAGGUGACAAUUUACAACACAAAGGAUUAUUCGUGCGUGACGAUGCUGAAUAUUAGCACGUGGAAGAUCAAUGCAUUGGCAAGUGCAGGCAACUAUGUAUGGGCGGCAUAUAAUACUGGCAAGAUAUGUGUCUACGAUGUGGAGGAGGCGCCAUGGGUCAUUCUCAAGGAAUGGCAAGGGCAUGAGAAUCCAGUUAUGAACAUGGCUGCCGAUCCUUCAAGCUCAUACUUUCUGGACCGGCAGCAAGUUCUCUCGUUGGGAGCCGAUAACAAGAUCAAGAUAUGGGAUGGCCUACUUGAGGACGACUUCCUUGAAGACUCGAUGAAAUCGAAAGACACUCAGUAUUGCGAUUUCGACGAGAUACGGGCUCUCUUCUUCACCUGGAACGCCGGCGCAUCAACACCCUCAAGUCUGCGACAUUCUGGCGGAGAUGCAACAUUCUUCCAGGAUCUUGUUCAGUCGAGUGGCUCACCGGAUAUUCUUGUAUUUGGAUUCCAAGAACUAGUGGAUCUAGAGGACAAGAAGUUGACGGCUAAGCGAUUCCUCAAACCCAAGAAGAAGGAAGCCGGGACGGACCAAGAACGAAUGAGCCAUCAAUACCGCGACUGGCGUGACUUUUUGAUGAAAACACUCGACGACUAUAUGCCAGCGGACGACCUAUACCACCUUCUCCAUACCGCACCUAUGGUAGGGUUAUUUACUUGCGUCUUCGUCAAAUCACACCUGCGAGACAGAAUCAAGGGACUCCAGGGCGCUGAGGUCAAGCGAGGUAUGGGCGGUCUACAUGGCAACAAGGGCUGUGUAGCGGUCCGCUUUCGAGUUGAUGAUACGUCUAUCUGCCUUGUCAAUUGUCAUCUUGCUGCCGGGCAGUCGCAAGCAAACGCACGACAUAACGAUGUUGCUGCUAUUUUGGAAGCUAAUUUGUUCGCCGUUGAACGCGAUUUGUCCGCUCGUAUCGAUAGCUUUGUAGGUGGAGGCGAUGGAAGUUUGAUCAUGGAUCAUGAGCUGUGUGUUAUCAAUGGCGAUCUGAACUACCGAAUCGACACCAUGUCUCGCGAUACCGUUGUGGCGGCGGUCAACCAGAACAACCUUGGCAAGCUCCUUGAACGAGAUCAACUUUUGGUGGCACGCCGACGCAAUCCAGCCUUCAAGCUUCGAGCGUUUGAGGAAAUGCCUAUCACGUUUGCGCCAACUUACAAGUACGAUGUGGGCACUGAUAACUACGACACUAGCGAGAAGAGACGAAGUCCUGCCUGGUGCGAUCGACUGUUAUAUAGAGGUCGAGGUCGUGUUGAGCAAUUUGACUACAGACGUCAUGAGGUUCGAGUGAGCGAUCAUCGUCCUGUGACUGGAAGCUUUAACCUCUGGGUUAAGAAAGUCGAUCCAAGGGGCAGAGCAACGGCAUGGAUGGAGAGUCAGCAAAGUUUUGAGGAUAUGCGUGAGAAGGAAACCUCCGAGGAUAAACUUUUCUUCCUGAGGGAUACCUGCGGAUUCGACGAAGAGACAAGCAAGAGGCUUAUUAAAGAGAAGUCUGUGAGGCGCGACAACCGCAGCCCUGUUCGCACUUAG